ACAGUGUAAAAUAUCGGUAUCGGUGAAAAAAAUGGUAUCGGUAGGACUCUACUUAAAGUAGUAGCACGAAUAUGUCUUCGAAAACUCGAAACAAACCAAAGAGAAGAAUUACAGAUUACAACUUCGAACGUCUGACUUCAAAGCAUAUCGAAGAUGCAAAGAAUUUGGUUGCAGCUCAUUUUUCCACCUUCGCAAACUAUCGAACUACUUUGACAAGCUCGACAGCGGACAUGAUACAAUUUGACGCAUACAGAACAGAAAAUAUGAUACGGCAAAAUUGCUCAACUGGAGUUUUUGAAAAAUGUUCUGGUAAAAAUAAAAUGGUAGGAGUGGCAUUGGGCAUUAUUGUUGAAAAGAACAACACCGAUCUUCAGAAACUUCAAUGGUAUUCGGUAGAGGCGAGUUCGAAAGAGUUAUGGUGGCAUCCAAUUGCUCGUUUUAUGAAGAGUUUACACGGCAAUGAUAUAUUUGAAGCGAUUGGUGCAAACAGAAUAUUGUUUCAGCAUGUUAUAGCAAUUGACCCUGACCAUAUUGGAAUAAAUAUGGCAUACACGUUAUUAAACCGCAGUUUCGGCCUAGCAAAAAAGUUAAACUGUGACGCUAGUGCUGGCUUUUUAACGUCCUUUACUAUUAUCGGCAUUGCCAAAAAAUUUAACACACCCGUUCUAAAAACGGUUGACUUCACGAAAUACAUUGACAAAGAAACGGGUGGCAAUCCGUUCUCAAAGGCUACCCCUCCUCAUAAUUUGUUUACAAUGGUAUAUACUAAACUGACAAAACCGGCUCUGUAAAAAAACAAUAUAGUUUAACAGCUGCAGCUGCCUGUUUGUGCACAACAAUUAACUUGCUUGCUCUUUUUACCCACUGCUUAUUUUACACACAUAUAUAUAUAUAGGCUGCUAUCUUGCACGUAUAUACAUCAUUGUAUACGGAGCCAAAGUAACUUGUGAUGUCAGUUUAAGAUUAUAUUGUGUUUUUCGGUGCUAGAAUGAACCAGAAUAAAAGAUUACUGUUUUCCUUUCUGGUACAGUA